AUGCCACCUGAGAAUCUGGUAACAAAUAUAUAUAUAUAUAUAUAUAUAUAUAUAUAUAUAUAUAUAUAUAUAAAGGUGUAACAAACUUAUAUAAAGCCAUGACUUAACUCGUAGUUACUUAUUGUUAGACACGUAUCACCUACGACAAUGCUUAAAAGAUAUAUUUUCUUUUGGGUGUUGCCAAUAACCUUAGGAGUACCUCUUAUAGGGCAACAACAUGAAACAAACGAAAUUUCUAACGCAACCUUUACGAAUAAAGUUUUAACACCCAAAGAGCUUGCACAAAAAGCGGGAUACACAGCCGAAACUUAUCAAGUCGUCACACCUGAUCGAUAUGUUCUGCAAUUGGAUAGGAUUGCAGGAUCAAAGAAAAGUCCUCCGUCUAACAAUAAGCCAGCUGUACUACUUGUUCAUGGAGUUUUAGAUUGCUCGGCAACAUGGCUUCUGGGAGGUUCUGAAAAGGGUUUA